UUGAUUUUUAUCACAGUCUGUGGUCAGUAAUAAACACGAAAUACAAAACAUGGCGGCGUCAAUCCGUGAUAAACACUGUAUUCGUCUUGUGUGUAUUGUAAAUUAAAUUAGUUUGUUUUUAACAUAUUAUGAAUGUUUAACGUGUUUGAAAUUAAGUGAAACUACUUUAUAUGAUAGAAAAGUAAGCUUUCAAUACAUAAUGAGGUAACAGUAAAAAUAAAUAUGUUUAAGCAACAAUUAUCACCUCGUACGGUGCAUCCAUACCAAACUACGGUGGUGCCUAGGAGUGAACAGCAAUUUGCAUCUGCUGCGCAACAAAGGGCGAAGUACCCGUGGGCGGACGAUAUUAACACUCCGGUUUAUCAGGUUACAGGCACAGACAGCUCCGCAUCAGACAAUGCGUACCAUAUGCCUCAUUAUUACAAUGGCACGGUGAGAGAAUAUGGGCCACCCUCUCCAGUGUAUCAGUCACCUUAUGGUGCUGGCACUUGGCGCAACUAUAAGAAGAUUGAAAAAAUUCCUACUCAUCAUGCACCGCCAACAGAUACUUACACAUUUCCACAAUGUGCCUCAGCAUUUUCCCUCCCAUUGUGUGAUGUGGAGACACAUCCACAAGCUGUAAACCGGUCCCCUGUACCACCCAUACCCUCCGUGAGUCCUGAAGUACCUAUCAUAGGUGCUUGUGGGGGACAUUGCCCAGGAUUUGAAUAUGUUUGCUAUUACAUUUUACAGGUUAUUUUUGUAGUAGGUAUACUAACUGGUAUAUCUUUAUGUAUUGCUGGCAUUGUAUUAAGGCGCACAAAUCGUAAUGGAGAUCUGGGCGUAUUAGUGUAUAUAGGGUGCUUAUCGUCAUGCGUUUGCGGCGUAUUGCUUGGUGUUCAGUGCUGCGUCCGUCGCGAGAUUAGACAGAGAAAACAGCGUGCCAACAUGCAUAUACCUAUGCAAUCUAUUCAGGAGCCUCCUGCCCAAGCUUGCCCAUUACUGACGUCUACAUUACCUCAUAGUCAAGUAUAUAGACCGACAGUGAAUAUUUGUGCAGAAGAAGACGUAACUGGAGUUCCUUGGUGGCGUCGGAAUAACAGAGACUGAUUAGUUAUAAGUUUAUAUACACUUGUAUGUAAUUGUAAUAUUGUUGUGUAAGGAUACAAAUAAUACCAUAAUCUUGUUAUUUUUACAUAAAAAUUAUGGAUUGAUAUACGA